AUGACCACCACCAACCCCAACCUCCUCUCCAAAAAGCUGAACGUCCUGGUCUACUCCGGUGCGCAAACUUAUUCUGAUUGGAAAGGCAAUGUUCUGACCCCCCCUGCCCCAGGAAAUGGAACCACCAUCGACGCCGUCCGCCACUGUCUAUACUCCCUGCGCCAGCUCCUGGCUGCAAACUACGCCGUGAUCCCCGUCACAGGAGACAUGAUCAUAAGCGAGCCUUGGACUGCUUCAUGCGCCCUGCUGGUUAUUCCUGGUGGCGCUGACCUACCAUAUUGCAGGACUCUAAACGGAGAAGGGAACAGGAGAAUCUGCCAAUUCGUCCAGCGGGGCGGUGCAUACCUGGGCCUCUGCGCGGGGGGUUAUUAUGCCAGCAAACGAUGUGAGUUUGAGGUCGGGAACAAGAAACUAGAGGUUAUUGGUGAGAGGGAGUUGGCCUUUUACCCUGGCAUAUGUCGCGGAUGCGUUUUUCCGGGGUUUGUCUACGAUAGCGAAAAUGGCGCUCGAGCUGCUGAGCUCAAGGUAUCCAAGUCUUCGUUGGCUUUUGGAUCCGUGUCUGAGAUUUUCAGGUCAUAUCACAAUGGUGGGGGUGUCUUCGUUGAUGCGCCCAAGUAUGCAGACAGAGGUGUCGCAGUUCUUGCGAGUUACACGGAAAAGCUCAAAGUGGAUUCCGGAGAGGGUGCUGCUGCAGUAGUCUAUUGUAAGGUGGGCGAGGGCGCAGCAAUACUGACCGGACCUCAUCCAGAGUUCGUAUUUCCCGCAAAGCCUGUUGAUAGCUGGGAGCUGACGAAGCCCAGAUUUGCUGCGUCGAAUCUUGACAGAAAUGCCGAUGGACCAGGUUAUGGGAAUGUCGUGGAUACGUUGGCUGCAGAUGAUCAAUCAAGGGUGAAUUUCUUGAAGGCUUGUCUAACGAAGCUAGGUCUUCGGGUUAACCAAGACUCGUCUACGGUGCCAUCGCUAUCACGUCUGCAUCUUUCCUCUGUGGAUCCUCAGGGGGCUGUUGGUUUGAUAUCAAAACUACGGGAUAUUAUUACAGUGACUGAUGGAAAGGAGUAUAUCAAGGAUGACGUUGAUACAUUUCACCUGGAGGAACCUUCUUUCAUGGGGAUGAAGGAAGUAGCUGAAUCACUCCCUAAAGUUACCGAAGAGAAAAAUGGUCAGGAAGGCGAUCCUGACAGAGAUGUCGAUUAUAAUUCCGUUAUUAAAGAAAUAGUCGUCCACGACGACACUCCUUCAUCCAAAGCUACCCCUUCUUUCAAUCACCAUGCAUUUUACGCUAAUCUCAAAGAGUAUCGUGCACAGUCUAAAGAUGGUAUUCAUGAAUUUGGCUCCAAUAUAUUGUAUGGAGAGGUUGUCACCAGCACAAACACCCUUCUAGAGAAGAAUACGCAACUACUACGAAGACUCCCACAGGGAUUUGUAGCUACUGCUACCGUCCAAUUGGCUGGGCGAGGCCGCGGAUCCAACGUCUGGGUGUCCCCGUCUGGCCAACUGAUGUUUUCAACUGUCAUAAAGCACUCAGUCGAGAACAUGAACCGCGCUCCCGUGGUAUUUAUACAAUACAUUGCCGCCAUUGCUAUCAUCCAGGGUAUCAAAAGGUACGAUAAAGGAUACGAAAACAUGCCAGUAAAGCUAAAAUGGCCCAACGAUAUCUACGCCCUGGACCCCACCCAACCAGACAACAAGUCCUACACAAAAGUAGCCGGCAUCCUCGUAAACGCCCACUACUCCUCUGCACAAUACAUCGCCGUCGUCGGCAUCGGCUUAAACGCCCUAAACACUUCCCCAACCACCUCACUCAACUCCCUCCUAUCCUCCCAAACCUCCAAAAAUGGCAACAAGCCCCUCCCCCCUCUAUCUCUCGAAAGACUCCUCGCCAGCAUCCUCACCAAGUUCGAAUCGCUCUACAUCCGCUUCCUGCGCACGGGCUUUGACCAGCAUUUCCUCGACAUGUACUAUGCCGACUGGCUGCAUAUGGAUCAGAUCGUGACGCUGGAAGCGGAGGAUGCGGUGCGUGCACGCAUCAAGGGGAUUACGAGCGAUUAUGGAUUACUCGUGGCGGAGGAGUUGGGGUGGGAGGAUCAGCCAACGGGAAAGAGGUGGGAGUUGCAGAGUGAUAGUAAUAGUUUUGAUUUCUUUCGGGGGUUGGUUAAGAGGAAGAUUUGA